AUGAGCGACGCUGACCUGCGGACGUACGGCUUCCCCCCGGGAUACUUUAUCAUCAAGAAUGUAGCUACAGGCAGACUGCUGGACGUAGAGUCUGACCUGAUUGAAGAUGGCACGCCGCUCAUACUGUGGCCCGAGACAGAGACGUCUCUCGUGGAAGACAUGCGGAAGCCUGAAAGUAACAAUCAGGUGUUCUUCAUCGAUACCUCUGGCGCCCUAUGUUCGAGGUCGUCCGGGCAUGCGAUCGAUGUUGAGAGCGACCGCCCAGUGUUGCGCCACCGUCGUCCUGUGUCACACCCGUUCCCAAACGCAUAUUCUCAUCCACCACCCCGCUUCUCAUAUGACCCGGCGACACAGCUUAUCACAGUCGCAUUCGUGUUCGAUCCGAGCUACCCAUCCUCUGGGGACCGCGAAGCGGCGUUGAGCAUCUGGAGGGACAAAACGUACCUGCUGACCUCCAUCCCUCUGCGCAAGCCCCGCACACUGAUAGAUGACGCGUCUGAGCUACUCACAAGUGCUCUUUCUGUGCCGUUCUCGCUCUUCGGGCACACGGCGCCGACCAGUCCCCGUCCAGACCAGGUGUUCGACAGCGGCGACAUCGACCUGCGCGAGGACGAGAUUCUGGAGCAGGAGCGGUCCGAGGAGGGCGAGGUGGAUGACUCGCCCGAGAAAUGGCGUCAGGUACGCGUAAUCGGGAUUGCAAAGGAAGACGGGCAGAUUGCGGGUGAGGAGGCGAAGAAGAGGCGGCAGUGGAUAGUUGUUCCGUUGCGUGCGCACAAGACUCGCACUGCAGCUUCAGUCGAAAUUGCGCGGUGA